CCUAAUAAAGUGAUAUACAUCUGUUAUUAACUAUGAUUGUUUUAUUAUUUAUUUUGAUUUUAGAUACAAAGACUGGUGUGACAAUCUGUUGUGGAACUCAGUUUCCUGGUUAUGUUUUAAGAGAAGAUCCCUUUACAGAAGUGAACAAACUCCCAAAAUCAAACAGCCUAAAACAAUCUGAUAUACACCAGAGUAUAGAUAAACCAUACAGUCAUGUGAUCUGUGGAAAAGAAUCUCUAACAGUGGAUUACCAAAACCAAGACACAAGGAUACAUACAGCAGAGAAUCCAUAUCUUUGUAUAGUGUGUGGAAAACAAUUUGGAAGAAACUAUAGCUUAAAAAUACAUCAGAGAAUACACACUGGGGAAAAACCUUACAAUUGUACAGUUUGUGGAAAACACUUCAGAAGAAACUAUAGUUUAAAAAUACAUCAAAGAAUACACACCGGGGAGAAACCUUACAGUUGUAUAGUUUGUGGAAAACCUUUUGAAACAAGUGGUAGCUUAAAAACACAUCAGAGAAUACAUACUAGGGAGAAACCUUACAGUUGUACAGUUUGUGGAAAACACUUUGGAGCAAAUAGUAGCUUAAGAAAGCAUGAAAGAACACACACUGGGGAGAAACCUUACAGUUGUGCAGUUUGUGCAAAACACUUUCCAACAAAUUACGAGUUAAAAAAGCACGAAAGAAGACAUACUGGGGAGAAACCUUACAGUUGCGUAGUUUGUGGAAAAGACUUUUUAACAAAUGAUGAACUAAAAAUACAUCAAAGACGACAUACUGGAGAGAAACCUUACUGUUGUGCAAUUUGUGGAAAAGAUUUUAGAACAAAUGCUGAAUUAAAAAUGCAUCAAAGAAUACACACUGGGGAGAAACCUCACUGUUGUGCAAUUUGUGGAAAAUACUUUAGGAAAAAUGCUGAAUUAAAACUGCAUCAA